AUGGAACUGUACCAACAGAAAAGCCGGAUAUACUUGCAUCCGAAGCAGUUGUCUUUCUUUCUACUUGUGGGUGCACAAAGUCACUGGAAAUGUCCAACUGAGUAUUUUCUUGCUGACAAAAUGUCAGGAAAAACACAAGCACAACUUGUUCGAAUAGCACUGGAAAUGGCUGUAGAAGCAGGGCUUCGAGUGUGGUCCAUAACAACAGAUGGCACCACCGUUAACAUUAGCAUGUUCCAAGAGCUUGGCUGCAAUUUCACAACAUCCUAUGACUCAAUGGUAACGAAAUUCAAACAUCCAACCGAAAAUUACUAUGUUUAUGCAAUCCUUGAUCCAUGUCAUAUGUUAAAACUUGCAAGAAAUGCACUUGCCCACCUGACAUCCUUUGUUGAUGAAGAAAACAAACUUAUUAAAUGGAACUUCUUUACAUCACUGAACACUAUUCAGGAAAGUGAAGGGUUUACCCUUGCAAACAAGUUGUCCUCAAAACACUUGAAAUUUGAGAGACACAAAAUGAAUGUGAAACUGGCUGCACAAACACUGAGUUCUUCAGUUGCAGAUGCAAUUGAAUUUUUAGAAGCUUCCAUGAAACUGAAUCAAUUUCAAGACUCUGUUGGAACAGUCAAAUUUGUAAGAACAAUAGACCAUCUAUUUGACUUCCUCAAUUUCCAUAAUCCUUUAGGAUUUAAGCAGCCCCUUCGACCUGAAAGCAGAGAAACUUGGGAGGACAUUUUGAGAUCCACUGCGAAAUACUUACUCGGACUAAAAACACAUGCUGAUAGUCAACAACUUCUCUCAACCCACUCACAUAAAACCUUCGUAAUUGGCUUUGUAACCUGCAUCAAAUCAACAAUUGAAAUGGCAAAUGAAAUGUUUACCUCAAUCAAUCAACCAUUCAAGUAUCUCCUAACAUACAAAUUCUCCCAGGAUCAUAUCGAGUUGUUGUUCUCGUGCAUUCGAGCUAAAGGUGGUUGGAACAAUAACCCAAAUUGUCUGCAACUAAAGUAUGCCAUCAGAAAAAUGCUGCUUAGAAAUGCGGUGACAGCUUCAAAGAAUGCGAACUGUCCGACCUUUUCAAACUACCCAACAACCGUAAUUCCAUUUUUUCACACAAGGAAACACAAAGCCCCUCUGAAAGAAGCUGCACCCGAUGAUUGCCACCAACAAGAUGACACCGCACCUGAAGAAAACCUGCUUCUUGCACAUUUAAAUGGCCCAACAACAUCCGAGUUUCUGUCAAAUGUCCUGUUUUACAUUGGUGGCUACAUUGUGUACAAACGUGUAAAACAACUUACAUGUUCAUCCUGCAAGAACUGCCUAGUCUCACAUUUUUCCACACCAACACCUGACCAUGACUACUGUGCCACGAAGUAUAAUGACGUUGCUGCUGCUUCUGCUUUUACUUUAUUUGUGAACAAUGGUGGCUUAAAAAUUCCAUCUCAAUCUGUUUACACCGUGGUUGAAUAUGCUGAGAGAGUUUUCAAAUCGAAUGUCUGCAAAGGUCACCAAAUAACAAGAGAGAAGCAACUGAAAGAGAAGAUGAUUGUGAACGUGUGCAAUCAUUUUGUCAUGGAUUCAAGCCAAUCAUUAUUUGAUGAUCAUGAACAAGGACUGAACGAAAACGUAUUUGAAGAAGACCACAGAGCAUCAUUAAUAAAAUUAAUAGCAGACAUACUUGAAACUGCGAUUGUUUACCUACUGCAAACGGUUUAA